AUGGCCACACGUGAAGAUGGCCAAGCCGACAAUGGGAAAGAGCUACGCAAAACGUCUUCGCCUGUAUUGAUCCGUGACAAACUGCUACCCUCCGACUUCUUCGAAUCUAGUGAUUACACUUUCACCCAGAUCAUAGAUGCGGACCACUUCACUAUCCAGCGUAUUGCCGCAAGCAUUAGGAAAGUCAUUACAUCGACGCCCUUACUGACUCUAUCAUCCUCGACAUCGAUCAAUACGCUCUCAAAGGACAUACAGAUUUUGCUGACACGACUGAAGCCCUUGUUGUUAGAAAUAACAUGGCGCCUCAUUCGCCACGACCUUUCCGAAGACGUUGUCAUGCGGCCUGCCUUCGCCUCAAUACUAGGCAAGAAAGGUGAAGAGAUGGCGGAACAUGAUCGACGAGACCAUACAAGUGGACGGCAGGAUCUGAUCAAGAUUUUGGAGAUGGUGGAGGCUUUGGAGUUGCCGUUGCGAGCUGGUUCGAAGCAGCCAUCGGAACCCCUGCUAAAUGAAGCUCUUACGAAAUUGAGACGACUCGUCAGCAGCAUCAUUGGCACUUUUGACGAUCUAGGCAAACACAUGGCCGUCGAGUCUGGUGAUUUCCUGCCAUAUUUCGAGACUAUAGUGGGUUCGGCUAACUCUAAGCGACUCGCCAGAGGAUAUGUCCUGACCCUUUUCGUGACGCCUUAUCUCGUCCUGCUAGGACCCAGUGAUGAUGCAUCCGAAGGAGCAGAACAGGCUGUGUUUAAAAGCGCGGAAGACUACAUUAUGACCCCACCGAGUGAAUUGCACAAGGUAUACGAACGACUCCUUGAGGCUGCCAAGCCCGAUCAACGAGCUGCUGACUUGCUGAAGGCGCAGAUUCAGAAGGAGAUUGAGCGACUGCAAGUUGGAAAAUGGCUGGGAGUCAAUGAGCGGACAGCCUUGCGAACUGCAGGGAAUACUCAGGCUGUAAAGCUGGACAAACUCUGA